GAUCGCUUCCGCAGUAAGUGCUGGAAAGGAUCUGGUCGUAUCCAAACUUCCCGAUAAUCCACAUCCCGAUCUUUCCCUCGAGAACAAGUGCGUGUUUUGUGAGUGUGUAAAGGCUCCGAGAAGCAGUUUACCGCAAAAGCUGUGCUUAGUGAACAGUAACCAUAGUAACCGUUUGUUCAACAUGUUCAGAUUUAUUCUUCUAUCAACAUUGCUGGUGGCCGCGUCGGCCCAGUACAAUGGUGGCUACCACCGCGACCCGAAGACGGCCGCCAUCCUCAGCGAGCAGCGAUAUCUGUCCGGUGACGGCAAGUUUGGUGCCGCCUACACGCAGGAGGAUGGUACCGACUUUAAAGAGGAAACGGAUUCCGAAGGUAACCGUCGCGGUUCGUACAGCUACGUCGAUCCGACCGGUCAACGACGCACCAUCUCCUACGUUGCGGGCAAGAAUGGCUUCCAGGCUUCCGGCGACCAUCUUCCGGUAGCCCCACCGGCACCACCACAGCCUGCCCCGCAGCCACAGUACCAGCCGCAGCCGCAGUACCAGCCGCAGCCGCAGUACAACGGUGGCCGUAGCUACGAUGACGAUGGCCAGUACGAUCCCCGCUGGAACGAUCCCAGCUUCAGCCAGAACCAGUACUCGGCUCCGGCUCCUGCCCCGGCUCCGGCCCCGGUACACAACUAUCAUGCCGCUCCGGCUCCAGUCGCUCCCGCGCCACAGUACAACCAGCACAACUACGCUCCGCAGCCACAGCAGGCCCCGGCCUGGACCACCACCCCUGCUCCGCACCGCUUCCAGCCACCAGGCAAGCUGCAGCUGAACCGAACCCCCGACGGCUACAGCUACACCUUCAACAAGGUCUAGGAUGGUCCGAAAGCGCGAGCAACCGCAUCGCUGAUCACCGGAUGGGCACACCGUACAGCAACAGUGUCGUGGCUGCCGUUUUCGGAAGACCUCACUUUUGCAACCCAACUUUGGAUCCUUCCUGAAAAAUACUUCGUCCCGCGUAGCUCCCCCUCUUUCCGACAACGAAGAUGAAGCCGUGUCCUAGUCCUUUCCCUUGAACUUGGUGUUGCCCAUCGAUCGCGUACGGUUUCGAAGACGUUCUAUACCCCUAUUUCUUGUUCCCGUUGCAUGUAGUGGCGUGUGUGUUAUUUAGCCGUUAGCCGAAGUAAGCGUUACUUUGCCUGUUGUGAUAUGUAAGCGUUUGUAAAUGUAGGUGUCCUUUCUCCCCACCCCUACCUCCCCUUGCCUCCCUCACAUCCUAACUCACUUCCUCCAGGAUUCUGGCCCGCAGCCCUGUCAGCUGUCAGGACCGUUUCUGACAGUUGUCGUGUGGUGGAUCAGGUAUCCCCCACGCCUGUAGAUGCGGGCCCCGCGUAGAUGUUUGUACAGAGAGUAAAGUUUCGUAUUGGCCGGGAUUGUCCGGUUUUUUUUUGGGGACGAUUCCCACCAGCUGCAGACUUCCCUCCCCACCAGGGUGGGUUAGCGAGCAGGUGUUGGUGGAGCGCCGCCGAGAAAAAAGAAAUCUGGACAAUCUACGUCUAAACAGUAGGGAGAUAACAAAACAAGUAUUUGUUAGAGACGCAGCGGGUGAUAACCGUGGCAACAGUUCCAAGAUGACAGGGAGAUAGGUAGAUAGAGAAAAGAAAAUCAUAAAAAGAACAAAACUGAAUUUCCACGAAAUAGACAAGAAUUCACACUAUCCCAAAAACAACCAGCACAGUCUACAUUCAUUCAUUGAUUCGAUAUUGAUAUUGAAAACUGAUAUACACAUGGAUGUUGAGAGUG